AUGGAUAGACUCGUAGAGCGCACCAAAAACCGCCCCGUCGCUCGUGGUGCUAUCUCCGUCCGCAAUGCCUAUAUCUUCUUCUUUGCGCAAACCAUAGCGUAUAUGGCUUUGGUUUCGUGGGCGCCCCCAGUGUGCGCGUUGCUCGCUAUGCUGAACUUGCCCAUGCAAAUAGUCUACCCUCUCUUCAAGAGAUUCACCUACUGGCCAUCUCUUUUUUUGGGUAUGACCUUCAGCUGGGGAUCACUUUGCGGGUGGUCGGCCAUGACUGGAUCCAUCAACUGGAAGGUUGUCGGUCCACUUUACAUCGCAGGAGUAUGCUGGGCUUUCGGCUAUGACACCAUCUACGGCUAUCAGGACAGGCGUGAUGACCCUAAGGCCGGUGUCAAAUCAACUGCCCUCCUCCUCGGGACCGAACCUCAGCCAUUCCUCUAUACCUUGGCCGCAGGCUUUGUAGCGUUCCUUACGAUCGCGGGUCUUUUUAACCACCAGGGACCGUUAUACUAUAUCUUCACUGUCGGCUUUGCGGCUGCACACGUAUACUGGCAAGUCAGCACGCUCGAUGCUUCAAACCCUGCCGAUUGCUGGGCCAAAUUCUACACCAACUCUUGGAUUGGAUGGCCUAUGUGGGUAUUUGGGCUGUUGGGUGAUUAUUUCUGCCGCAUGGGUUUAUGA